AUGCCGGCUGCCAAAGUCUUUUGUUGUGUUCCUGUUCGCAUUGGUGCCAUUGCCAUCUCGGCCAUCCUCUUGGCCGUGUACUUGGCAGGCACUAUCGCUAUAUUUGUUCAACGACAAGGCAUGAGAGAUUGGGCUACCUUGGUUCAAGCUGUGGAUGUACCUCUCACGAAUGAAGCAUUUGAUGGGGUGUUUGGUGCUAUGGCGGCCGUCAGUAUUGCAUAUACCCUGACACAUGUUUAUGGCUUGAUCUCUAUUAUCUUGCAAAAACGCAAGCUUGUCAAGGUGUAUCAUAUCAUCAAUUGGUUCUUUGUCUUGCUGAUUUUGACCAUCUCGCUAUCAUACUGGUUUUACUUCAAAGUCAAGCGUGAUGUAUACAUCAAUGAUUGUCAGGAUCUACGGAACAAUGGUGCUAUGCCUUUCAAUGAUACCUAUACCCCAGUUGUCGUUCCUGGCAAGAAUAUCCUAGCAGGAGGUAGUGACAAGAGCCAUUGCAUCUCUCUCGUCAAUAAGCUUGUGAUUGCUUCUGGUGUGGUUACCUUUUUAGCCAACAUGAUUCAGUUGUACUUUGCAAGCUGUAUCGGAACGUACGCAUUCAGUCUCAAUUGGCAAUACCUUCAUCAACGCCUGCAAACACAAGAUGUGGAUGAACUAGCUAUGGGCAAAAUUGCAGUGGAUCGUGAUUAG